UCUAAGUCCAAAAGGGGGCAUAAUUUGCUCAAAAUACAUGUCAGAGUUAUGGGACUUGACCCAGAGAGGUUGGUAAUUGACCUAGAAAAAGAAAAAAUAAGUUUCAAAGCUAUAUGCCUUUAAUUGAUGGCUGUAUGUACUUGCAUGCAAAAACUUAACCAAGGUGUGACGCCGACGCCGACGCCGACGCCGACGCCGACGCCGACGCCAGGGUGAGUAGAAUAGCUAGACUAUUCUUCGAAUAGUCGAGCUAAAAAACUGUUUUUGGAAUCGAGCGAUUUUCCACCUGUGUACGAUAUCGAAAAGUCAAAUGGGUUGGUCACCUUGAUACACGUACUCUAACCGUACCGAAUGAACUAAUAAAUGUUUAUCCAUCUUCAGAUAACUUGGAUCCAGAAUGCUGACCGCUGCAGUUCUCGUGGGCCUGUUGGCCUUUGUAAGCGCCCAUGGUGGCAAUAUGAUGGGUGGCAACAUGGGCCAUGGAAUGCAAAGCAAUUACAUGGGAAGCAUGGGUCAGAUGGGCAACAAUGGAAUGAUGGGUGGCAUGGGACAGCUGAUGGGCCUUCUUUCUGGAAAUAUGGGCGGCAACAUGGGAGGAAACAUGGGCGGAAAUAUGGGACAGCAGAUGGGUGGUAACAUGGGUGGUCAGAUGGGCGGUAGAGGACAGCAGAUGGGUCGUGGAAUGGGCGGACAGCAAGGCAUAAUGGGAGGAGUGAUGUUGCUUCUUCUACAGAAUCUUCUGCAAAACCGCGGCGGCCAGGGUAACCGAGAUAACCAAAUGAACGAGGAGCAAAUGCAAGGUGUGGAAGAUCUGAUGAAACAGAAGAUGAUGUUAGAAAUGGCCGAUAUGAUGAUGAUGUACUCGGACUUCAAGGAGAAGCAGUCUGAGUUUACACAAGCUAUGGAAGCCAUGUGUUUCAUGAUGGCUGCCGAAUAUGAGUUUUACAGGAGAAACGGAAGUGAAGUGUGGCAAAAGACUGAUGAUGCUAUGAUGCAGAGCCUUGGAAUGCAGCUUGAAAACAUGAGUGAACGUGAGCAACAGGACUUUGCAAUUAACAUGAUGAAUAACGAACCGCGAAAAUACGCUGAAGUCUUCCUUAGAUUCAUCACCUGGGCUUGUAAGACUGGUGAAGAGUAUGGAGACGCUUACAUGAAGAUGGAGAAAAUGGAACGUGGUGAAAGUGAAUGUGGAAAGAAGUAGAUUGGAAAGCAAUAUGACGACGAGAAAGUGGACAUAAAUAAACUUUAUCAGAACAUUUACAAGAGACAAUAUAUAAAAUCCUGGGAAACCCACGAAUGAUAAAAACCUAAAAUAUAAAAUCACACAUAUGUGUUUUCUAUUGAAUGUCUAAUACAGACAUCGAAUAGAUGACACAUGUCAUUUUAUGUAAAGUUUUUAUUUAUAAAAAGGUGAAAUAUAGUCGAUACUUUUUCCUCCAUAUCAUUUAAUAUAUAUUAAAUUGUUUCUGUAGGCAAUCUAGA